AUGAGAGUAGCAUUCGUAGAUAUUCAGGGAUUCGCUGUGGACGGGUGGUUUGUUCCCAAAGAACUUACCAUCGAAAUAGGUUUUAAACGAAGUCAUUACAUCUUUUUACCUCCGAAACCAUUCAAUGCGCUAAGUAAUGAUGAUAAGAAGACAGCAUCAUACGUGGAGAAAAAACUGCUUGGCAUUCGAUAUUCUGAUGGAGCAGUAGAAUUGUCCAAAAUAAAUGAAAUACUAGAAACCAAGUUGUUGUAUGCAGCCGAUUACAUAUACGUUCGAGGAGAACAAAAAGCAGAAUUUUUAAGCAAGAAAUGUCACAUUUUUGGAGUUUUUCCCCUUAUUAUUGAUGUUUGCAAGUUUGAUGGCACGCCUCUUGCUACUGGAAACGGUGUUCGAGAACUUUUUGAGCAGGAGCCGCCUCCUCCUCCAAGGAAAAGUAGAGCAGAACUAAUGAAAGACAUUGAUGCGGACUACUAUGGAUACAUGGACGACGAUGACGGAAUUUUGAUUCCAUUGGAAGUUAAAGCUGAAAAAACAGCCGUUCAAAAUACAGUAGCUGAGUGGGUUAGUAAAAAAGAACAAAAUUUGGAGAACGCAGAGAACCAAACAGAAGAAGAAAGUAUAUAUGCAGUUCAGGAGUCUGACGAUGAAGAAAGUAAGGAAACUGUACAACAGUUAGUAGAUGGAUCACAGCAAAGAUUUGUUGCACAUGUACCUGUACCAUCUCAACAAGAUAUCGAACAGGCCCUGCUGAGGCGAAGAAAACUUGAACUUAUGGAAAAAUAUGGUGUAGAAGAGGAACCGAAAUCGUAGUGUAACUUGUAGAAAUUUAGGUCCAAAAGUUAUUUUGUAACAAUAAAUUUUUUAAACUUC